UAAAAUGCCAAUUAGCUUUGGAUGACCUAAAAAUUGGUUAUUCGUGGAAAUCUCCAAAUUGGAUGUAGCAGUGCAUAGAGGUGGGAGUGUAAGCGGAACAGAAGAUCCGCAAAGCGAAUUUCGUUCUUCUUCUGCACCUGGGAGAGUAAGUAGUUUGAUUUUCUAGGGAUUCCUUUUCCGCUAACCCGAACUGCAUGCGCUAUCAAUUUAUUCUUUCCUCUCUCUCUGUAUUAAUUCACACUAGGCUAUUAGUACGCCUGCGAUUCUAUGUAAGGAUACUAAACUUAAUUAAACUGGAUGGAGAAUGAGUUUGAUAUAGGCUUAGGAGAGGACGGGGAUGGAGAUGACGUUCUUGACGAGGUGGACAACUGUUAUCCUCCUCCUCCAAGUUACGGGGACCUACUCGAUCUUGAACCUUAUGAGGGCAUGGAAUUUGAAUCUGAGGAGGCUGCCAAGGCCUUUUAUAACUCCUACGCACGCCGUGUUGGCUUCAGCACCCGUGUCAGCUCCUCCCGCCGCUCCAGGAAGGAUGGAGCCAUCAUUCAGAGGUCCUUUGUCUGUGCCAAAGAAGGUUUCCGCAAUUUGAAUGAGAAACGUACCAAGGAUAGAGAAAUUAAGAGACCCCGUACUAUCACCCGCGUUGGCUGCAAGGCUGCUCUCUCUGUCAAGAUACACGACUCUUCUGGUAAGUGGCUCGUCUCCAACUUUGUCAAGGACCACAAUCACGACCUCGUCCCCCCUGAUCAGGUCCACUGUCUCCGCUCCCAUCGUCAAAUUUCUGGUCCUGCCAAGACCCUAAUUGAUACCUUGCAGGCUGCUGGCAUGGGUCCCCGCAGGAUUAUGUCUGCCCUCAUUAAAGAGUAUGGUGGUAUUAGCAAAGUUGGUUUCACUGAGGUAGAUUGUCGCAAUUACAUGCGCAACAACCGCCAAAGGAGCCUCGAAGGAGACAUACAGCUCCUCUUAGAUUACCUGAAACAAAUGAAUGUCCACAACCCCCCUGGAUUCUUUUAUGCAGUUCAGGGUGAUGAGGAUCAGUGCACAGGGAAUGUCUUCUGGGCUGACUCUAAGGCAAGAGCAAAUUAUAACUAUUUUGGUGAUACUGUUACAUUUGAUACAACUUAUAGGUCAAAUAGGUACCGCUUACCCUUUGCACCCUUUACUGGAGUAAAUCAUCACGGACAACCUGUUCUCUUUGGAUGUGCUUUCCUAAUAAAUGAGUCAGAAGCCUCAUUCAUAUGGCUUUUUAAGACAUGGCUUGCAGCUAUGUCUGGUCAACCCCCCUUGUCAAUGACAACGGAUCAUGAUGCUGUAAUUAGGUCUGCCAUCAUGCAGGUUUUCCCUGAGACCCGUCACCGUUUCUGCAAAUGGCACAUCUUCAAGAAAUGCCAGGAAAAGUUGUCACAUGUCUUCCUUGAACACCCAAAUUUUGAAGUAGACUUCCACAAGUGUGUCAAUUUGACAGAGUCUACUGAGGAAUUUGAAUCCUCUUGGCUUUCUCUUGUUGACAAGUAUGAGCUCAGGGAUCAUGACUGGCUUCAAGCGAUAUAUUCAGAUCGCAGGCAAUGGGUGCCAGUAUAUCUCCGUGAUGCAUUUUUUGCAGAAAUGUCUAUUACUCAGCGUAGUGAUAGCAUGAACUCAUAUUUUGAUGGUUAUGUGAAUGCGUCAACUAAUCUGAAUCAGUUCUUCAAAUUGUAUGAGAAAGCUGUGGAGAGCCGUGCAGAGAAAGAAGUCAAAGCUGAUUAUGAUACGAUGAAUACAUUCCCAGUUUUGAAGACCCCUUCUCCAAUGGAAAAACAAGCAUCCGAGAUCUACACGAAAAAGUUAUUUAUGAGAUUUCAGGAGGAGUUGGUUGCCACUCUAACUUUCAUGGCCAACAAAGUCGAGGAUGAUGGACUAGUUACCACUUAUGAAGUUGCUAAAUUUGGGGAGGACCACAGAGCUUACUAUGUAAGAUUCAAUGUUUUAGAAAUGAAAGCUACUUGUAGCUGCCAGAUGUUUGAGUUCUCAGGUCUUCUUUGCCGACACGUUUUAGCAGUGUUCAGAGUGACAAACGUUCUGACUCUUCCUUCUCAUUACAUCCUCAAACGAUGGAGCCGAAGCGCAAAGAGCAGUGUUGCAUUGGAAGACCGUGUUGCUGAAGCAGUCAAUUAUUAUUUGGAAUCACAUACUGUUCGAUAUAAUAUGCUGAGACAUGAAGCAUUUAAGUUUGUGGAGGAAGGGGCGGAGACUGUUGAUUCUUAUACUGUGGCAAUGGCUGCUCUGGAAGAGGCUUCAAAGAAGGUUUCCCUAGCAGUAAAGCAUGAUGGGAGGAUAUCUUUAGUAAAUGGACAUUGUAGAGAAAACUUGACCAGGAAUGGGGUUCAUGCAAAUUACAACAUUGAGGAUGAACAGAGAAGUCUCGCAUGUCCACUCUCUGAGGAUGACAUGGAUACAAAGAUCCAGGAACUUUCUUAUCAACUAGAUUGUGCCAAUCGGAAAUGUGAAGUUUAUCGUGCAAACCUUUAUUCAGUUUUGAAGGAUAUAGAUGACCAUAAGCAACAACUAUCAGUUAAAGUCCAAAAUAUAAAGCUUAGCUUGAAGGAUGGUCUUUGAAAUGCUCCUGUUGUGUUGGAUGCAGUUCGAUUGUUGACUAGAUAGUGGGCAGGCCAGCAUAUUUUAUUUGAGAAGAGCCAUAAAGCAGCAAGUGCAUCAUUGUCUUGUUACUCAUUAAUUGAGUGGACAUUUUGAUCUUAUCUAGAAUUCAUGGCAACUUUCCUUUCAUCCGUGUCCUUUGUGCUGGAAUUAGCUUCAGCAAUUUUCACACCCAUAUUAAAAAUCAGCUACAGAUAAUCAUUGAGAGUUCUCUAGACCUGUGUGAGUUGUCCAACAUCCGGAUGGGCUCUACAUUGGCAGCUUCCUGCAACCUUUAACUAUUUUGUUACGGAUCAAGAAAAGUGCUCAGCGUACGGCUACAGUUGGCGUUCACAUACUGCUAGCAAGCCGGAGAGCCUGGAGGAGAGAUGGACAUCAGGAAAGGGAAAAAGUAGGGCGGUCGGAUCUAAUUUUCAAGGGCUUCCGGAGUACAAUCUUUAGUGCAGAGCAGAAACAAAUAUAUGAAGUGCAAGAGUUAACUGUUACUGCAUUUACUUGGGAGUAUUAAACGUAUAAUAGUGGAGUAUAGUAGUAAUUCUCCAUUCUGAAAUAUUAAAAUUCUAAAUCAUACAAUUCAGAAGCACAAGUUACUCUUUUCCUUUACUGUUUAAUGCAAAAUACUCCGUGCUAGAUUUGGUAAGUUUCAGAGAACAGAACAGUAGUCUCGAAGUCUUGUGAUAGUUGUCAUGUGCGAGAUUUUGACUUCUUCUCAAUUUGUAUGACAUUUUUAUUUUGGUUAUUCCACA